GGAAAGAGCCAGAGGUUAAUUCUUCAGUGACCAAUAAAGUCGUAAAUCUUGUGCUCGCAUUGAAAACGAAAGAAUUGCUUCUCAAUGGUUCUACUGUUCUAUUAUAAUUUCGGUGUUGAACUCUUUCCCGAUUUUUUUUCACGUUUUUGUGCCAAUACUAUGGUUAAAGUGACAUGCGCUCUCUCUCAAAAGCAAACAACAUAGGAAUUUCCCUCGCUAGAUCAACCAUUCCACCGCGUGUUCACCACGGCCAUUCCUCUCGUUGCCCACGCGGUAAUUCCCAGGCUUCGUUUCGUUAGUCCUCACCGCCGAUCAUUGAUCUUAAUCAUUUGGUGGUUGGUAUGCAGUAUAAUUUAUAAGUUAACGUCUUAAGCAGCAUUACGCCUCCGUUUCACGUCAUCUUCAUACUGGGUUCUGUUUUCGUUCUAAAACGAAAACGUAAGAAAUGAAUAUAUCCCGUAGGGCAUGCUACUUUCUCAGAAAACAAUCAAACUUUCAAGCGAAAGACAUAUAAUGUUCCAAUGCAUAUGCGUGAAUUCCUUCAUCGAAAAUGACGGAUUUUUUUAAAAAUUGUUUCAUUGGUUCACUUUUGGGAAAAUAACUGAUGGUCAGUCCAUAAUUUUGCCGCAUUAAAGCCACUGAAACACGAAAUGUGGCGGGAGCCAGGUUAGUGGCACACACAUUGAAACACCAGCUUAUUAUAUUAAUGUUUCAUGGAAGGCGGAGACAUAUCCUGGCUGGGUAUAAAUCCCCAAGAAAAUUCUUCUACUAGCAUCAGUGAAGUUUGAAAGCUUGUGCUCAACGUACCGUCUUCGAGUUAUAUUUAAUCAGUGACCACCACGUGAAACAAAGUUGAUUGAAGAAAAUGAAACUUGGAAUUUCUAAGGUUACCACCCCAGUGCUGAUGGCACUUUUAGCCUUACUAGUCAUAGGGUCUGAUGGGGAUUUGGCAGCUGAAACUAGCACCACAGAGACCAACCUCGAAGGAAACUCAACUGGAUGGAAGAACCUUGUGCAGGAAUCUGUUGGCGAAAAUGACGAUAACGUAGAAGGCAGAAGUUUGGGGCUGUUGAAACUGAAGCUCAAACGGACCAAAUCAAGUUACAAAGCAGCGAAACCAAAAGGCCAGUAUGGAGCUCCAAAGGCACAAUAUGGAGCUCCAAAGGCACAAUAUGGAGCUCCAAAGGCACAAUAUGGAGCCCCAAAGGCACAAUAUGGAGCUCCAAAGGCACAAUAUGAACAACCUAAAGCAAACUAUGAAGCCCCAGCAAACACAUCUCCCUCUUACAGUCCUCCUGUUCAGAGUUCUUCAUCUAACAGUCAUUCUAUUUUCAGUGCUGUUGCUUACAGACCCCCCUCUUACAAUCCUCCAUCAUACAGUCCCCCAUCUUACAGUCCCCCAUCAUACAGUCCCCCAUCUUACAAUCCUCCAUCAUACAGUCCCCCAUCUUACAAUCCUCCAUCAUACAGUCCUCCAUCUUACAAUCCUCCAUCUUACAAUCCUCCAUCUUACAGUUCUCCAUCAUACAGUCCCCCAUCUUACAAUCCUCCAUCAUACAGUCCCCCAUCUUACAAUCCUCCAUCAUACAGUCCCCCAUCUUACAAUCCUCCAUCUUACAAUACUCUAGCAUCUUCUUUUUACAGCCCUCAGGAGAAUAGCACUGCAGAAUAUUCUGGAGCUCUACAUGAUUCCGAUGCUACUUACAACGCCCCUGCUAGUUACCAAGAUUCGACAUAUCCUCCUCCUGCGUAUAUUGAAUCAACGGAUGACCAACAACAGGAUUACUCUCCGGAGCACAACGAUGAUUCCUACGCUCCAGCUUCAGGGCCUGAAUAUUCUUUCCCUUAUCACCACGCCGUUUUUAAUUAUCCAGAAACGAACGAAGAUUCUGGUGAGGAUUUUUUUAGCAGUAGCAAUGAUUUUCCCACAUUUGAUGAGUUUUUAAAACAAAAUACCUUCAACUUCCCGAAUUUUGAAUCUGAAACUAAAAGUGGCAAUCUAAUUUGAAACCAAAACUAUUGCUAUGGAACCCCAUAACAUUUGAAAAUUAAGCUUUUUCGUAUUUAAGAAAUUUUUAAUUAAACGUAUUAGAUUUUUAAUUCCUCAAAAGCUAAAUUGGAGAUCUAGCUUUUGUGAAAUUUGUUAAUGCCUGCUCUUAAUAUUUUGAAAUUGAUGCUAGGAAAAAUGUCGUUAAAUUGCACUAGUCCUUUCCCUUUUCUGUUCACCAUUACAAUCCCUUUUAAAUUAUAUGAUCCUCCCAUAAUCCUAGAUUUGGUGAACAGGUAUCAAUGCUGUCACAUUGUACUCGUUACGUAAUUUUUCAUUACAUCUGUUUGUUUGGGCAA